AUGGGCACCAACGGCAACACCCGGAAGCGUCCAGCUCCUCCUACUCCGGCGCCGGCGAUGUCGUCACCUCAGCAGAAACAGCGCACAUCUAUGGAAGAAGAGGAGUUCGACGAAGACGUUUUCCUCGAAGAAACCCUUCUUCAGUACGAGGAGGAAGACUCGCAGCGCCGUGCCCUAUCCGAGCGUCUAGGGAAGUGGAAACGUCCUGCGCUCUCUUCAUCAUACCUCAAUCAGUCUCAGAACAUUAUAUUUCAGCAAUUGGAGAUUGACUAUGUGAUUGGCGAUAGCCACAAAGAAUUGCUGUCAAACUCUUCAGGUCCAGCUGCAAUUAUCAGGAUAUUUGGUGUAACCAACGAAGGGCAUAGUGUUUGCUGUCAUGUACAUGGAUUUGAACCAUAUUUCUACAUCAGUUGUCCUCCUGGAAUGGGCCCUGAUGAUAUCUCUCACUUUCAUCAAGCUCUCGAGGGUAGGAUGAGAGAAUCAAACAGAAACAGCAAGGUUCCGAAAUUUGUUCGCCGUAUUGAACUGGUUCAGAGAAGAAGCAUUAUGUAUUAUCAACAACAGAGUUUUCUGCCCUUCCUUAAGAUUGUUGUGGCAUUGCCAACAAUGGUUGCUAGCUGCCGUGGUAUCCUUGAUAGAGGCAUACAAAUUGAUGGACUCGGUAUGAAGAGCUUUAUGACGUAUGAGAGUAAUGUUCUUUUUGCUCUCCGUUUCAUGAUUGACCGCAACAUUGUCGGUGGCAAUUGGAUAGAAGUUCCAGGUGGAAAACAUAAAAAGACAGCACGCAAUCUCUCCUAUUCCCAAUUAGAGUUUGAUUGCCUUUUUUCAGACUUGAUCAGCCAUGCUCCUGAAGGGGUUUUCUCAAAGAUGGCACCAUUUCGCAUAUUAAGUUUUGACAUCGAGUGCGCUGGUCGUAAAGGUCUUUUUCCUGAGCCCACUCAUGAUCCUGUCAUCCAGGUGUCCAAUCUGGUUACCUUGCAAGGAGAGGAUCAGCCAUUUGUUCGUAAUGUAAUGACCCUUCAGUCCUGCGCACCAAUUGUUGGUGUUGAUGUCAUGUCAUUUGAGACAGAAAAAGAAGUUCUAUUAGCUUGGAGAGAUUUUAUUCGUGAAGUGGACCCAGAUAUUAUAAUUGGUUAUAACAUCUGCAAAUUUGAUUUGCCUUACCUCAUUCAGAGGGCUGAGGUACUAGGGAUAUCUGAGUUUCCAAUACUUGGACGCAUCAGAAAUAGUAGAGCCCGUGUCAAAGAUACAACCUUUUCAUCCAGACAGUUAGGGACUCGGGAAAGUAAAGAAGUUACUGUGGAAGGGAGAGUUCAGUUUGAUCUGCUCCAGGUUAUGCAGAGGGAUUACAAACUAAGUUCUUAUUCGCUCAAUUCUGUGUCAGCACACUUUCUUAAUGAGCAGAAAGAGGAUGUCCAUCAUUCAAUAAUAUCUGACCUUCAGAAUGGAAACUCAGAAACUAGGAGGCGUCUUGCUGUUUACUGUUUGAAGGAUGCUUACCUCCCUCAACGGCUUUUGGAUAAGUUGAUGUUCAUUUACAACUAUGUGGAGAUGGCUCGAGUCACAGGUGUUCCCAUUUCGUUUCUACUAUCCAGGGGUCAGAGCAUUAAGGUUCUUUCUCAGCUACUACGGAAAGCAAAACAGAAGAAUCUUGUUAUUCCAAAUGCCAAACAGGCUGGAUCGGAACAGGGAACUUUCGAGGGUGCAACUGUUUUGGAGGCAAGGGCGGGAUUCUACGAGAAGCCUAUUGCAACACUGGACUUUGCAUCUCUAUACCCAUCCAUUAUGAUGGCGUAUAACCUGUGUUAUUGCACACUGGUAACUCCGGAAGAUGUCCGGAAACUUAAUCUGCCUCCAGAAUGUGUUAAUAGAACUCCAUCUGGUGAAACAUUUGUCAAAUCGAAUUUACAGAAGGGAAUACUUCCAGAAAUUCUUGAAGAACUUUUGGCUGCUCGUAAAAGGGCUAAAGCAGAUUUGAAGGAAGCAAAGGAUCCUCUUGAGAAAGCUGUAUUAGAUGGUCGUCAACUGGCUUUGAAGAUAAGUGCGAAUUCUGUAUAUGGGUUUACAGGAGCUACAGUUGGUCAAUUACCUUGUUUAGAGAUAUCUUCAAGUGUUACCAGCUACGGUCGACAGAUGAUUGAGCACACAAAAAAACUCGUGGAAGAUAAAUUCACCAUUCUUGGUGGCUAUGAGCACAAUGCUGAGAUCAUAUAUGGAGAUACAGAUUCAGUUAUGGUGCAGUUUGGUGUGUCCUCAGUGGAAGCAGCCAUGAACAUGGGAAGGGAAGCUGCUGACUACAUUAGUGGUACUUUCAUCAAGCCAAUCAAACUUGAGUUUGAGAAGGUUUACUAUCCCUAUCUAUUGAUUAGUAAGAAGAGGUAUGCUGGUCUCUACUGGACAAACCCAAACAAAUUUGACAAAAUGGACACCAAAGGGAUUGAAACAGUUCGAAGAGAUAAUUGUUUGCUGGUAAAAAACCUGGUAAAUGAAUGCCUUCACAAAAUACUCAUAGACAGAGAUAUUCCUGGCGCUGUUCAGUAUGUCAAAAACACUAUCUCAGAUCUUCUUAUGAAUCGCAUGGAUUUAUCUCUUUUAGUUAUUACUAAGGGUCUUACAAAAACAGGAGAUGAUUAUGAAGUUAAAGCAGCACAUGUUGAGCUUGCAGAACGGAUGCGCAAGCGAGAUGCUGCUACUGCUCCAAAUGUUGGGGAUCGAGUGCCCUAUGUCAUAAUUAAAGCUGCGAAAGGUGCCAAGGCUUACGAAAGAUCAGAGGAUCCCAUUUAUGUGUUAGAACACAACAUACCUAUAGACCCUCACUAUUACCUCGACAAUCAAAUUAGCAAGCCACUUCUAAGGAUCUUUGAACCCAUCUUGAAGAAUGCUAGUAAAGAGCUUCUCCAAGGGAGUCACACAAGAUCCAUUUCUAUUUCUACUCCUUCAAACAGUGGCAUUAUGAGAUUCGCUAAAAAACAACUGACUUGCAUUGGAUGCAAAGCUUUAAUCAGCAACUCAGAUCAUACUCUCUGCCCGCACUGCAAAGGAAGAGAGGCUGAACUUUACUGCAAGUCUAUAGCUAAUGUUGCUGAGUUAGAGCAGCUCUUCGGGAGGCUAUGGACACAAUGCCAGGAGUGCCAAGGCUCUCUUCACCAGGAUGUGUUGUGCACUAGUCGAGAUUGCCCAAUAUUUUAUCGAAGGAAGAAAGCACAGAAAGACAUGGCUGAAGCCAAGCUUCAAUUAGAUCGAUGGAACUUCUGA